AUGAGUCCGCGAAGGAAUAGCGAAGACAUUGAAAGACUGGAGCGAGGUGUUCGCGAGAGUCUCAAAGAACAAGCUCGAAAUCUCCAGUCCUCAUUAGCUGCAUUGGCCGAAAAAAUAGACGAGGUCAAGAGUGACCACGACAAACUCGAAAACGAGAAUCGCUUUCUGCAAGAUUACAUUGGUGGACUCACGAGGACCAUGUCGAGAGACAAUCUGGGCAGAAGCGGCAGUGUGAGGAAAGGCAAACGAUGA